GUGCGUAUAUUGUCUUAGCACAAUUGCCGAUGGCCUUCCUGGAAAUCCCCCUCAGCGGCAAAGAGCCUCCGGAGCUCGUUUCUCCCACACACGUGUAAACAGACCCGGAAGUUGAGAGAAGCCGGAGGCCGCCCAAGUGGGCGGAUCUGCCAGGAAGGGGGUAGCGACCCAGCGGGGCGGUGCAAGCUUGUGGAACCCUCGUCAACGAGGUCGGCGUUGCGAAGGGAACGAGUCCCGCGCAGGACGGGAGGCGUUUGCAGCUCAGCUGGUUCCGGUUGGGGAAGAUGGCGGUGGCUGGGGCGGCGUACCGGGAGCCGCUAGUACACUGGUGCACCCAGCAGUUGCGGAAAACUUUCGCCCUGGAUGUCAGCGAGGAGAUCAUACAGUAUGUUUUGUCAAUUGAGAGUGCUGAAGAGAUACGAGAAUAUGUGACAGACCUCCUUCAGGGAAAUGAGGGCAAAAAAGGUCAAUUCAUUGAAGAUCUUAUAACCAAGUGGCAAAAGAAUGGUCAAGAGUUGAUUUCUGAUUCUUUUCAGCAGUGCUGGAAAAAAGAUGAAAUUUUAGAUGGACAGAGAUCAGUGGACCAGCUAAAGCGGAGUAGGAGGAAAGGAAGAAACAAACAGGAAGUUCCUGCAUUUCCUGAACCUGACAUGACUGUAGAGGUCAAAACACCUUUAGAUUUGGCCAAGGCACAAGAAAGCAACAACUCAGUAAAGAAAAAGACAAAAUUUGUCAGUUUAUAUACAAGAGAGGGACAGGACAAACUUGCAGUCCUGCUUCCUGGUCGUCACCCAUGUGAUUGCCUGGGCCAGAAGCACAAGCUCAUCAAUAACUGUCUGGUCUGUGGGCGGAUUGUCUGUGAACAGGAGGGUUCAGGCCCCUGCUUAUUCUGUGGCUCUUUGGUAUGUACUAAUGAAGAACAGGACAUCUUACAGCGUGACUCAAACAAAAGCCAGAAACUGUUAAAGAAACUCAUGGCAGGGGCAGAGAAUUCUGGAAAGGUGGAUGUCUCUACGAGGGACCUUCUUCCUCAUCAAGAAUCUCGGAUGAAGUCUGGUUUGGAGAAGGCUAUCAAGCAUAAAGAAAAACUGUUAGAGUUUGACAGAACUAGUAUCCGAAGGACCCAAGUCAUUGACGAUGAGUCAGACUAUUUUGCCAGUGAUUCUAACCAGUGGCUGUCCAAAGUCGAGCGGGAAACCCUGCAGAAACGAGAGGAGGAGCUGAGAGAACUCCGACAUGCCUCCCGACUUUCUAAGAAAGUCACCAUUGACUUUGCAGGGCGGAAGAUCCUAGAAGAUGAAAAUCCACUAGCAGAGUAUCACAGCAGACUAGACGAGACAAUACAGGCCAUUGCAAGUGGAACUUUGAACCAGCCACUCAGCACGUUGGACAGAUCUGAAGCACCUUUGGGAGUUCUGGUAAAUCCCAACCUGUCCCAGGCCCCUCCCCAGUGGGUAGACAACACUGGCUCAGCCCCUCAGAAGAAGACUUCACUCUCAGCAGGACCAAGACUAGAGCUCAGCUUACAUCAACACCAGCUGCGAAUCCAGGACCAGGAAUUCCAGGAAGGCUUUGAUGGUGGCUGGUGUCUCUCUAUGCAUCAGCCCUGGGCUUCCCUGCUUGUCAGAGGGAUUAAAAGGGUGGAGGGCAGAUCCUGGUAUACUCCUCACAGAGGAAGACUUUGGAUAGCAGCCACAGGCAAAAAACCUUCCCCUCAAGAAGUCUCAGAACUCCAGGCUACCUAUCGUCUUCUUCGUGGAAAAGAUGUGCAGUUUCCAAACGAUUAUCCUUCAGGUUGUCUUCUGGGCUGUGUAGACUUAAUUGAUUGCUUGUCUCAGAAGCAAUUUCAGGAGCAGGGAAACUGGAUUCCAAGAUCCAUCAAGGAGCAAAGAAGGGGUUAAUGAAGCAGAAUAAAGCUGUCUGACCCAGGAAAAAAGGAGCUAUACAACAUAGUGGAGUCUUGUGUACUAAAUUGCUAUCCACUGGUCCUUUGGGAUUAAAGGCUUGGCACCAGGCUUCAAUCUCUGAGAAUUUAAACUCUUACCAAACCAGUAUAUUUUUCUUAAAGGGUAGGAUUCUUUAUGUAGUGGUUAAAAAAUCUUUGAAUACAUUAUUUAUAAAAACUCAUUUUAAAAAUUCUAGGUCUUUGACAUUUUUCUCAGAACCAAAUUCAAAACAGAAAGGAACAGAAUGGAAAUUAUUUUUCUCUAUGAGAUUUGUUAUUUGUAGUUAGGAAAAUCUUAACAAUUUCACAAGAGACUUUUUUUGGGUUUUUUUGGGAGGGUGUCCAAGACAGGGUUUCUCUGUGUAGCCUUGGCUGUCCUGGACUCACUCUGUAGACCAGGUUGGCCUUGAACUUGUAGAGAUCCAAUUGCCUCUGCUUCCCGAGUGCUGGGAUUAAAUGCGUGCUCCACCACUGCCCGGCUUACAAGAGACUUUUUGGAUUUAAAAUUUUUCUUAAAAUAAUAGAAUAGAGAAUAGUAGCUACCUGAAGAAUCUUCUGUUUAAUAUAAGCCUGUGAAGAAGUGAAAAUGUUCUUACCAAAUGUUCUGCUUUUGACAUUUUGGAGCCAGGUCUCAUAGUGUGACCCAGGCUUGCCUGGGACUUAAACAGUCCUGCCUAAGCCUCUCAAGCACCCUGUUCAAAAACUUAGACCAGCUUCUAACCCAUCUACCCUCAGAGUGAAAAGCCAGAAUUACCAUUACUAGUAGAUUAUUAUUAUUAUUAUUAUUAUUAUUAUUAUUAUUUGGAAAAGAUAACAUGACGACAUACUUUUAUUUGUUCUUUAGUUUGAGAAAAUGGAUUAGAUUGGGAGGUGAGGGAGCCACCUGCUAAAGAGCCUGAAGCUGUCUUGGUGUUGCAGAAGUAGCAUGUAGAUGGGACAAUUAGAGAAAAACUAAAAAAUACAAUCCUCUCAGAAAAUACAUAAAAUAAAAAUUAAACAAACAAAAAACAGCAAAAACUCUCUAAUGCUAAAAGUAAGUCUUUUUAAACUAUCAAUAUCCUAAAAAGCUAUGACUGGAAAAAUAAGGGCUGGUUUCAAGUGAGAUUUUUUUCCCCACUGGUCCCUUUAGCCCUUUUCAGGAAGUGCUUGUUUCUGAGGCUCUUAGGAAGUGUUGUUGGAGUCUUAGUUGCUGGAUCCUAGGAAAUUCAUGGUCUUAAGUGUGCAUGUUCUGCUUCUUAUAAAACACCACUGCCACACUGAGGGUGUUGGGCUCCCUCCAGCGUUUUGUAUGCUUGACUUAAAAGAAGAAAGUGCAAGUGAGAAGGAAAAAAAGUACCUUGUGUUAUGAAAAAGAUUAAUUUCCCUUCCUUUAAUCCUUCAUAUGCAGCAUUUAUUUGCAUUGAAAUGCCUCCACUCAUUACACAUUGAUGCUCGCUGGACUGUGAGCUCCGCUGGUUGCAUAGCAUCGGUUCUAUGCAGCCUGAUCCCUCUGGAUUCCUAGGGAAACCAACAGAUUCUUGUUCCAUUGAUAGACACAUGCACUAUUUCUCUCUUGUUCUGUUAGACCUCUGUAUAGAAAGUGGAAAAGGACAGUUAAUGCAUUUAUUAAGGUGGAAGGUGUCUUUUUAGUCUCUUGGAAACCCUACCAUUAUCGAAGGCAAUACUGUGUUCACUGUGCAGUUAAAAAGUUAAUAGUUUACCAAGGAGGAGCACCUUGAAUUCUGUCCUGAGGUUUUCUGACUCUCUUAAAAAUAAAAAUAAAGGUAUGACGGGAGGAGACAAGGGAGAGAGACACACACA